CGCCGUCGUUACCGAGUGAAGUGCGUCCCUUUGGAGCAGAUACCGGCUGAGAGAAACGCAGCAACAAGAUAAAGGAAUAUAUUUGGGGCUCGUUUCCACCAGGACCAUUUCGGAGCGCCGCGCAUCUCUCCCGGAGCGUUACAUUUGAGCCGAGAACUCGAUGUGAAAGCUGGGCUUGGAGGAAGAAAGAGCCACGCUGGAGAAGGCAACUAGCUGAAUUACCAAACCGAGCUCGUUGGAGGAGCCUUAGUUGCCUCCCAAGCGACGCUUUGAAAAAGGAAGAAGCGGAUACAUUCAGGCCAAACGGUGGUGAAAAUGGACUAUGAUUUUAAAGUGAAGCUGACCGGCGAAAGAGAGCGUGUCGAGGACCUGUUUGAGUACGAAGGAUGCAAAGUGGGCAGAGGCACCUACGGCCAUGUAUACAAGGCGAAGAGAAAAGAUGGGAAGGAUGAUAAGGACUACGCCCUCAAGCAGAUUGAAGGCACUGGCAUCUCCAUGUCAGCCUGCAGAGAGAUUGCACUGCUGCGGGAGCUGAAGCACCCCAAUGUCAUCUCACUGCAGAAGGUUUUCCUGUCACAUGCAGACCGUAAAGUAUGGCUGCUCUUUGACUAUGCUGAACAUGAUCUCUGGCACAUUAUUAAGUUCCACAGAGCAUCUAAGGCCAACAAGAAGCCGCUUCAGUUGCCUAGAGGAAUGGUGAAGUCUCUGCUCUAUCAGAUACUGGAUGGCAUCCAUUACCUCCACGCCAACUGGGUCCUCCAUAGAGAUCUUAAACCAGCGAACAUUUUAGUGAUGGGGGAAGGGCCAGAGAGGGGUAGAGUAAAGAUUGCGGACAUGGGGUUUGCUCGUCUCUUCAAUUCACCGCUGAAGCCUUUAGCCGAUCUCGACCCUGUGGUGGUCACCUUCUGGUACAGAGCACCUGAACUGCUGCUGGGGGCUCGGCACUACACCAAAGCCAUCGACAUCUGGGCGAUUGGCUGCAUUUUUGCGGAGCUGCUGACGUCUGAGCCCAUAUUCCACUGUCGCCAGGAGGAUAUCAAGACCAGUAACCCUUACCAUCAUGACCAGCUGGACCGCAUCUUUAAUGUCAUGGGUUUCCCUGCUGAUAAAGACUGGGAGGACAUCAAAAAGAUGCCAGAACACUCCACACUGAUGAAAGACUUUAGGAGGAACACAUACACAAACUGCAGCCUUAUAAAGUACAUGGAAAAACAUAAAGUUAAACCAGAUAGCAAAGCAUUCCACUUGCUGCAAAAGCUAUUGACCAUGGACCCCAUCCGUAGAAUCACAUCCGAGCAGGCCAUGCAGGACCCCUACUUUUUAGAGGAGCCUCUACCCACCUCUGAUGUGUUUGCAGGCUGCCAGAUUCCCUACCCCAAGAGGGAGUUCCUGACAGAGGAGGAGCCAGAGGAUAAGGCAGACAAAAAGAACCAGCAGCAGCAACAGGGAAACAACCACACAAAUGGGGCGGGGCACACUGGCAACCCAGAUAACAGCCACGCCCAGGGCCCGCCUCUAAAGAAAGUGCGAGUUGUCCCGCCCACCACUACCUCAGGUGGCCUCAUUAUGACCUCAGACUACCAGCGCUCCAAUCCACAUGCUGCCUACCAGAACCCUGGACCAAGCACAUCACUGCCCCAGAGCAGCAUGGGAUACUCCUCUACCUCCCAACAGCCGCCCCAGUACUCCCACCAGACCCACCGCUACUGAAACACCCCUCCCACGCACACUUACACACAUUAAUAGACACAUGUACACACACAGCCCUCGCCACGCCCACUUGAACGAAUGUACCGAGGGAUGUGGGGGUGUCCAGGGCAACAAAACCCACCCUGCCCCACCCCACUCCACCUCACAGAGGGCACCAUCUCUCCAGCAGUCCGUUAGGCCAGAAAGAAAUGGUCUUCACUUGUUCCAGAUAACACACCGCAGUAUUAGAAACACACCUAUAGAGAAAACCUGAUAGGUGAGACACAAAGUGGGAGGAAGGUUAAAAAAUAAGAGGAAAUUUUGCUUGAAUCCAAUCUGUUUCUGUUACUUAGACGUAAGAGAAGAUGGCUUGGUUUGAAGGAAAUGUUAAUCUGUUGCGUCAUAUCCUCCCCCCCCUUCUUCUUCACCUCCUUCACCUACACCCUACCCUGGCCGGUUUACCCUUUUCCUGUCAAAGCUGGGAUGAAACUGAAAGCUGCUAUGUGACUGCCAACGUUGACAGAUUCCCUGUCCUCCUGUCUGUAUCUCUGUCCGUUUAUUUUGUGCGAGCGGCCCCACGAGGGCCUCAGCUGAGGACUGAACUGAGCUGCUGUGAAACGUGCUGGGAGGAUGCGGAGCCACUCGCAGCUGUGGCGCUGAGGGUUUUUGUUCAGAGAGGACAAAAUAAAAAUAAAAAAAAAAAUUAAAUGACAAAAAGAUUUUAGUAGUUUCUAAUUUAAUCUGUUUUCAUGGUUCUGUUUUUUCAUGGCGAGAGCGGCAAAGCAGCUUGCGCUGACUGCUCAUAUGCUGUGGUUAAGCCUUACAACAUGAUGACAAAAACCAAUCAAUCGCAUGGAGGAUGGCAGGCAGAACAUGCAUUGUACUGUAAUGUAUUGAAAUAUUUUACAUGAAGCAAGUAUCCUGACAAUAAAAGUGGAAUCAUUAA